AUGUCCAGCUCAGGCCUCACUAGACGCCGUGGCGCUGGCGGUGCUGGCACCCCGGUAGCCAAUGACGGCGAGGGCAGCAAUGCCGCCUCGAGAACCAACUCGUCCUAUAACGUCAAAGACAACGGACCCGAGACGAACUACGAGAAUGGCGAGAACGGCCACAAGAUCGCCUUUGACCCCCGAGAUAUGAGCGAGAGCGCCGAGCGCAGCAAGCAGCCCAAGCUGACGAUGAUGGAGGAGAUUCUCCUGCUCGGACUCAAGGAUAAGCAGGGCUACCUCUCGUUCUGGAACGACAACAUUUCCUAUGCGCUACGAGGCUGCAUUGUCUUGGAGCUUGCGUUUCGCGGGCGCAUCAGCAUGGAAAAGGACCCUUCGCGAAGACGGUUCCCCCCUGCCGACCGAAACAUUGAAGUUAUAGAUGAUACUCUGACGGGCGAGGUUCUCCUCGACGAGGCCCUCAAGAUGAUGAAGCAGAGCGAGAAGAUGAGCGUCAGCUCGUGGAUCGACCUGAUGAGCGGCGAGACAUGGAACCUGAUGAAGAUUGGAUACCAACUGAAGCAGGUCCGUGAACGUCUGGCCAAGGGUCUCGUGGACAAGGGCAUCCUGCGCACGGAAAAGCGCAACUUCUUGCUCUUCGACAUGGCCACGCACCCCGUCGCCGAUGGCGGCGCCAAGGAGGAGCUGCGCCGCCGCGUCCGCAACGUCCUGACUCAGCGCACCGUGGUACUCAACGACAGCCAGUUCCUGCCGGAGAACCUCGAGUUCCGCUACCUGCGCACUGUCUGCAUGGUGUGCGCCGCCUAUGCCGCCAACGUCCUCGAGAACGCGCUGUCGACGCUCGGCCACGAGGCCAGAGAGCGCGCCUUUGCCCAGACCGACGAGCUCCUGGCCGACUACAGCCAAUGGCCCUUUGGCAAGAAGGCGACGACCAACGGCAUCGGUGCCAACCUGCCCCAGGUUGUUAGCGAGGAGGUCGGCAAGGCCAAGGACAAGGAGCUGCAAUUGGAAGUUGUGGCUGCGUGCCUGAGCGUAUUCACGCGCCUCGACUCGCUUCUCUAG